UUUGGUGAACACAAAACUUUACAUAUUUGGACAAUAAUGAAAGAUAAGAACGUCAUUUUUAAUUGAAGCACAGUUCUGGUUGUUGUAAACAAAUGAGAAAAAGACAACGGCCUGAACCUAAUUGACAACUUUUAUUUUUUGUUUUUUAAUCUGGUGGUGGAUUGCUAGUCUACAGCCUAUUUGGGAAUAUUAAUUGUUCUUUGUAGCUGAGACUUUGAAAUAGAAACGUUUUUCAAUGUCUUAUACACAUAAUAUAUAUCCACUUGGAGUUUGUCUUUUUUUUUUUUUUUUUUUAAAUUAUUAUUAUUAUUUUUUUAAUGUAUAUAAUACAAAGUUGGUGUUUUUGUUGAGUCCAAUCUCUCUUCCUGUUAUCUGGGUUUUUCUUUCUUUUCCAUAGAUUUCAUUGAUUAAGCUAGCAAUGCGGCAGAGAAAGCAAAGAUUCAUGGCAGAGUCAUCGCUAGCUUUUGUUUUUACUUACUUUGCUUUUUGCAUAUUUGGCUUUGUUUUUUUAGCUGAAUCUCAGAAUCAAACUCAACCCACUACAGAUCCCUCUGAAGUGAAAGCUUUGAAUUCCCUAUUUGAACAUUGGAAAAUAAAGGCUGACACGCAGAAAUGGAACAUAAGUGGAGAGCCAUGCAGUGGUGCUGCCAUAGAUCAAACCUCCAUUAGCAGCGCUGAUUACAACUCCUUCAUCAAAUGCAACUGUUCUUACAAUAAUGGCUCCCUUUGCCACAUCGUCCAACUGAAAGUCACUGAAAUAGAUAUUAUUGGUCCCAUUCCAGAAGAUUUGUGGACUUUGAUUCACCUUUCCUAUCUGGACGUGAGCAAAAAUUACUUGACAGGUAAUCUGUCUCGAUCCAUUGGCAAUCUAACUCGGUUGCAAUACCUGAAUGUCGCAGUCAAUGCAUUAAAAGGGGAGCUACCAAAAGAACUGGGAAACCUUACUGAAUUGUUGUCCUUGUCUAUUGCGGACAAUUAUUUCUCUGGUCAUCUGCCCCCUGAGCUAGGAAAUUUGUCAAACUUGCAAAAACUUUAUAUUCAAAGUUCUGGAGUUAACGGUGAGAUUCCUUCAACAUUUGCUAAUCUACAAAGCUUGGAUACUCUAUGGGCAUCAGACAGUGAACUUGCAGGCAAGAUACCUGAUUUCAUAGGAAAUUGGUCAAAACUUAAAAUCUUGAGGCUUCAAGGAAACUCUUUUGAAGGUUCUAUACCAAUGGCAUUUGGCAAUUUGACAUCUCUGUCAGAGUUGCGCGUAAGUGAUUUAACUAAUGGGAGCUCUUCUCUCGAAUUUAUAAAGAGUUUGAAGAAUCUGUCCGUCUUAGAACUGAGGAAUAACAAUAUUUCUGAUUCAUUUCCAUCCAAUAUUGGAGAGUACCAGAAGUUGAAAGAGCUGGAUUUGAGCUUCAAUAAUAUAAGCGGGGAGAUUCCCAACUCUCUUUUCAAUUUGAGUUCAAUCUCAAUGCUGUUUCUCGGUAACAAUAAGAUGAGUGGUGCCCUGCCUCAAGAAAAAAUCGCAUCUCUUAGAGUUGUAGAUUUGUCAUACAAUAAUCUAGGAGGGGAGGUUCCCUCUUGGGUCAAUCAACAAAAGUUGCAGCUUAAUUUAGUCGGCAACAACUUCACGGCAACAAGUCUAAACAGCAGUGGUCUGCCUUCAGGGUUGGAGUGCCUUCAGCAGAACUUUCCUUGUGAUCGAGGACGUGGGACUCAUUACAGUUUUGCAAUAAACUGUGGUGGUGAACAAUUUACAUCUGCCGAUCGUAUAGUGUAUGAGCGGGACAAUAAUACUCUUGGCCCAGCAACAUAUUAUGUUAGUGACACCAACAGAUGGGCAGUAAGCAUUGUUGGAUUUUUCACUGGGAUCAACAAUGCUAGAUACACAGUUGAUUCAUCAUACCAAUUCACAAAUACUUUAGACUCGGAACUAUUCCAGACAUCAAGGCUUUCUGCUUCAUCGUUGAGAUACUAUGGUUUGCGGCUUGAGAAUGGUGAAUACACUGUCAACCUGCAGUUUGCAGAAACAGUUUUCGAAGAUUCUACUAAUUGGAAAAAUCUUGGCAGGCGUGUUUUUGAUGUUUAUAUCCAGGGGAUUCGUGUUCUUCAAAACUUUGACAUACGAAAGGAGUCAGGCUGGGUCACUUCCCAAGCAAUCCGGAUGGAAUUUAAGGCACAGGUGUCAGAAAACUAUCUUGAAAUCCAUCUCUUUUGGGCUGGAAAAGGGACUACCUCCAUACCCACAGAAGGAACUUAUGGACCUUCUAUUGCAGCUAUUAGCAUUACCCCAGAUUUUGAGCCCACUGUCAAUAACAUUCCUCGUACCAGUAAGAAGAAAAAGACCGGUCUGAUUACAGGGAUUGUAGUUGGUGGUGGACUUUUAAGCUUUCUGUCCAUCUUCAUCAUUUUCUAUUUAGUUCAAAAGGAAAAUGAUUCUCAGACCAACGAUGAUAUAGAGCUCCUAGGUAUGGAUGUUAGACCAUUCACUUUCAGUUAUGAUCAACUAAAGAUGGCUACAAAUGAUUUCAGUUCUGCUAAUGUGUUAGGGGAAGGGGGAUAUGGAUCUGUCUAUAAGGGUAAACUUCAAGAUGGAAGAGUUAUUGCUGCAAAGCAGCUGUCUCUGACAUCCCACCAAGGAAAGGACCAGUUUGUGGCAGAAAUCGCUACAAUGACUGCUGUGCAACACCGUAACCUGGUGCAAUUGUAUGGAUGCUGCCACGAGGGGAAUAACCUAAUUCUUGUUUAUGAGUACAUGGCAAACAAUAGUCUUGAGCAUGUGUUAUUUGGAAGUAAGAACUUAGCUCUUAAAUGGUCUACACGUUUUAACAUUUGCUUGGGGAUAGCAAGAGGCCUAGCUUAUCUUCAUGAAGAGUCACAGCUUCGGAUCAUACACAGAGAUGUUAAAGCCAGUAAUGUUCUGCUCGACUCUAAUCUCAUCCCCAAGAUAUCAGAUUUUGGUUUGGCCAAGCUGUUUGAUACUCAAAAGACCCACAUAAGCACCCAGGUUUCUGGAACAGCAGGGUACCUUGCACCGGAAUAUGCCAUGCGUGGGCAACUCACAGAGAAAACUGACAUAUUCGCCUUCGGUGUUCUAGCUCUGGAGAUUGUCAGUGGGAGGCCAAAUUCUGACAUGAACUUGGAUGAAGAAAAGACUUUUCUUCUUGGAUGGGUUUGGAAGUUAUAUAAAGAAGGACGGGAACUUGAAGUGGUGGAUUCAGCAAUAACAUUAUCAGAAUCGAAUGAGGAACAAAUAAGAAGAGUGAUAAGAAUAGCCUUGCUGUGCACUCAAACAUCACCUUCACUGAGACCAACAAUGUCACGCGUGGUGGCAAUGCUUUUAGGAGAUGUUCAAGUGACCAAUGAGAUUACUACACCUGGAUUCUUGAGUGACAGGAAAUUCAACCGUCUAAUCAGCUCAAUAAGUGAUAUAUCAUUAAAAGGAAAUUUUACUAGCUUUUAUAACUCAUCUGCGGGAACAAGCAUGGUGAGCACUGCAGGGCAGUCAGUUAUCAAUGCCAAUCAAUAUCCUAUGUUUCAGGAUUCCAUUAGAGAGGGUAGGUGAUGAAAAUUGGUAAAGUCGGUUUGGUUUGUAUGUAUGUGUAUAUGUAUAAUAUAUGUUAGAUUGUAUUUAUAUAUACGUGAAUUUUAAUUUUUUUUUUA